AUGCAUGUCCCCACAUCCAUUAUUCUCGCGGUUGCCGUUGCGGCUGCACCAGCGCUCGCAGCCUUGUCUGACUGCCAGAAAUCUAUUGUCCAGCAACUGACAAAUACAUAUGAAAACAGUCAGCUCAACUUUGCGUUUGAUUACUGCGAGAAUAUUAAAGAUGGAAGAGGAUAUACUGUUGGAAUUGUAGGGUUUACAACCGCAACACGGGAUGCAUUCGAUGUUGUCAACACAUAUACCAAAUCUUCAAAUUACACGGGGGAAUUUGAUCCCUACUAUGACCGCCUAAAGCAACUCAAUCAAACAGGCGAUUCAUCAACAUCCGGGUUGAAUGGUUUCUGUGAUGCUUGGUACACAGCCUCAUCCAACCCAGCAUUCCGAGCAGUCCAGGUCGCAAAAGCCGAUACACUCUACUACGUCCCCUCACAAGGCUACGCUGAACAGCUCAACCUGAAUUUGCCAGUCUCCAGAGGCCAGUUGUACGAUGCGGCCAUUCAGCACGGCACGGACCCUGAUCCUGAUUCUCUACCUUCGAUGAUAUCGCGGGUUCCAAAACCUUCUGAUAUGGAUGAAUUGACAUGGAUAAGUAACUUUAUGAAAGAACGCACUCGCACGUUGUGUAACACCGCGAAUAAGGCGACACAAAAGGCUGUGAUUUGGGACUCUGGACGAGGUACAUUCCUGGCCCGGCUGCCGGCGGAAAGGCUGGAUUGUCGGGUGCAGCCGUUGCGGGUAUCGUUAUUUGCAUUUUGUUGGUAG